AUGAGACCGUUGCAGAACCUUCCGAAGGCUCACUUGCACUUACACUCCUGGCAAGCAACCUUGCGCAGAGCAACGGUUGCAGAGUGGCUGCUGGAAUGCGACGAGGAGCGGCUACAUCAAAUGACCUCGGCAGCUCAGCAAAAGUUGGCUGACAUACGGCAGAAGCAGGAUGAGGGUGUGCAGGAAACCAGGCCAGGAGAGUUUCAGAGUGACAUUGACAAGUACGAGCGGCGUAUCAAGGCCCUCACCCCGCCGCUUUCACUCGAUCUGCUGUUGGGCCAAGCGCUGCUUGCUGAUGAUUUGGCUCCAGUGUCGCUGCGUGGGGGAUCAGGACCAGAAUCAGAGAUAUGGGAUCGUCAGUUUUUCCUUGAUGUCUUGAUGAAGACAGCUCCUGAAUCACGAGGAGGAACGAGUGGCUACGAGAGGCAGGCUUGUCUGCAGCUCGUCGAAGACGCCGCCUCUGAGGGAAUUUGUUGGAUUGAGACUGCCUUUAAAGCCUUCCAGUUUCUUGACGACGAACCACAGAGGAUUGAAGAGAAGUGUGCCGGUCAAUGGCGUGACGCACUCGCCAGUCGGAGAGAGGCGAUGGAAGCGUUCCCGGGCGUUGGACUCGCAUUUGUGGUGCCAUGUCCCAAAGGUAAGUUUCAAGUGGACCAAGCACGCGCCAUUCUGGACUUCUUCACUACUGAGGGUGAGAGAGGUGCACUGGCUGGCAUAGGCAAGUGGGGUCGGGAAACCCCUGGCCUCGAGGACGAGCUCGGUCCAGCUUUGUCAUUUUUCAAAGAGCAAGGUGUUCCCAUCGUGAUGCUGCAUGCAGGAGAAGGUUACGGAGCGACAGGGCAAAAGCUACCCUUCGAAGCUUACAAUGGAGCGUCACACGUUGAAGAGGCCGUAGCGGCAGGAGCGCUGCGGAUCGGUCAUGGGAUCGAGGCUGCGCGCAGCCAAGCGACCAUGGACUUGCUUCGCGAGCGGCAAGUUUGUCUGGAGGUUUGUCUCUACAGCAACUGGCUGUUGGACAUGGCACCUUGGGAAGACGGGGUGUCACAUCCUCUUCCUGUGUUGCUUGCAAGUGGCGUUCCUUGCUGUCUGGCAGCGGAUGAUCCGACUCUCAUGGGUGCUGGCAACGGACAUGGCCUUGUGCGCGAAUACGAGGGCGCACGCAAGGUGCUGAAACUCACGGACCAGCAGCUAGCUGACUUGGCUCGUUGCUCCAUACAAUUUUCAUGCAUGCCCUCUGUCAGCAAAGAGAGAGCACUGGCAGGAAUCGACAAGUGGCUGACAGAGGAGGCGCCCUGA